AUGGUGCGCACACGAGGCAGAGAUGGUAGGAUCCCGCGUAGACUAGGACGGGGCGAGUCACCGAGAAUGGCUGAAGAAGAGCAUUUUGAUGCAUCUGCAUCAGCAUCCGAGCCGGUUGGAUAUCCAGGAGGACCGUAUGAUACAUCUCUGUUAGUUAAGUACGAACAACAUGUUUCAUACCAUAUAUGGUUCGGUGAGGAGAGAGGGUCGAAGAAAGAGUUAAAGGUGGUGGGACAUGGGUUGAAGUUGAUUGAGAGGGUUCCACUACAGCUACCCAGAGAGAUGGAGAGCUGGAUAUCUAGGUCUGGUCUAGCUUCACUCCAGAGAACUAGUUUAACAAAGAUAGACACAAACCUAGUUUCCGCUUUUGCAGAGAGGUGGCAUCUAGAGACAUCUUCAUUCCACAUGCUGUUUAGUGAGAUGACGAUUACUCUAGAUGACGUAUCUUUCCUGCUUCACUUGCCCCUUAGGGGAGUCUUCUGGAGCCCUCAAGAUAUCAGUGAAGCGCUUGCUGUUGAGUGGGUUGUUGAUUAUUUAGGAGUGUCACAGAGAAUAGCACAGCAACAAGUCCGUGAGUGCAGGGGUUCCUACUAUAAGCUGGAGUGGUUAUAUGAUCGGUUCGUAGAGCACAGAGCUGCAUCUCGAUGGGAUUAUGCCACUAGAGCUUAUUUGCUGAUGUUAGUGGGUUCCACUAUUUUUGCGGACAAGAUGUUUAUGCUUGUCGAGGCACGAUACCUCUCACUGUUUAUAGACUUGUGUCGCUUGCGCGAAAAUAAGGUGCCGGCACAACAGAAGAGUCGCCACCUUUCGUUAUUUAUCCCUCAGAGCAGGAAAGGAAACGAUCGGAAAAACCUGAGGAAAAAGGGUAAGACAAGGUCAUCGCAACCAUUGUCUGGGUUCGGGAGUCGGUUACGCAAGGGGAAGGUAUUAGCACCCCUCACGUCCGUCGUACUCGACGGGAUCCUCGCUUGUUGUGUUUACUUGGACGGGUUGGUUUUAUUCUAUCUACAUAUCAAGGCUGGCUGA